AUGGCCCGCUCGUACGGCGGCCGGGUGCUGGCCGCAAUGACCCUGCUGGGAAUCCCCGCGGCCGUGCUGGCGGCGCUGGGCGCGCAGCUGCUGUUCCAGUUGCAGGCGGGUCGCGCCGAGCUGCGGGGACCCCGCGCCGAGGGCCUGGCUCCGGGGCUGGGCACGGGCCCUGGGCUGCCGGAGGACGCGGCCGGGGCGCUGCUGCCGCUGGCCGCUGCGCUCGCCGCGCUCGCCCUGGUCCUGGCGCUCACCUGCCUGUUGCUCUCAGCGCUCUGCAGCCACUUGGGCGCCGAGAUGGCCCGGGGACCUGGCCCUAGCAGGUCCGACUGGUUUCUCUAUGACUGUCGCCUCCUCAGACACGUGGCCCUUGGUCUUUUCUGCUGUGGGGUCUCUGUCUACUUGGCAGCACUGUGCAUCUACGCUCUGCUGCUUUUUGAAAUUGAGGCUGGCGCUGCAGCUGCUUCCAUCCUCGGCUUAGGCGCCCUGGUCCUGGUGGCUGUGCUGACCCACACUCUCCUCCGUGCUGCCCGGGCCACCCACGGUCUCCACGAGCUGUCCCCACCGCCCUUUGAGGAUGAUCCGGCUCGCCCCACCGAGGUCUCCAAGGCCAGCCCCGGGGCUCAGCCCCAGCAGGGUACCCACCGCCGUUCCCCAUACUUGUCUUAUCCAGAACCUGGGAUUCCCCUUGGACCCAUGGCCCCCACCACAGCACCUGCAGCCCUGGGGGAAGGUCGACGGGGCAGCCUGACUGCACCCCGCAUGCACCGGGCACUGCCGGCUGCCACGGGGCCCUGGGAUGGGGUUACGCAUGAGAUGCGCAGCAUGCUGGGGUACAGAUCCGGGGCCACAGGAAAAGACUCCACACUUGUGUGA